GCGUGAAGAGUGGAUGGCUGCAAAGUUACUCACAGUAGAUUGCGCUUGUCUCCUCAUUGUUUAAAAGACUGAAUAUAGAUCUAAGAGGUACCUAGUUUUCUCAUUUAAUUUCAUAAGAAUAAACCUGUACACGGUGAUAAAUUUUCCUGCUAGCGACAAUACCCCUUGCGCAAACAUAACAGAUUGAGCGCUACAUUGCUUGGUCAUUUUCCUCUCAGGGAAUGCUAUCCCGGCUGUGCGGCUGGCAUCAAUGAAUCUGUGAUGGAAGAGGCUCCUUGGGGAACAUUCCAGGAUGAACUUGACUGGUGUAUCCGACAGCUGGAGACAGACUUACUGAUAGGCAACACCAACCCACGGAAAGUGGAGGAGACAGAGCACGUGCUCAAUGUGCUGCAGUCCCAGGACACCCCCUUCGUGAGGAAGAGGCAGGUGAUGCAUAUGGUGUUUGGGGAUUACAGGCAGAGAAUGACAGAGGAGCACAAGGCACAGGAAGACACAGGCACUCUGAGCCACAGGAGGAGAGAGGAAACAGGGCUCAGCUGGAUCCCUAGUGACAACUCCUUCACCUUCAACUUCUUCCCAGAUGGCGCACCAUCGCAGACUGCUGUCCAGGAGUCAGGAGAGGCAAGCACCGUACCCAUGACUGGGCAGGAUUCCGGCUUUGUAUUCAACUUCCAAAUCCCUGUAGAGAACCCAGCAGAGACAGAGACUGGACUCACAGGGGCUACUGCUGGUUCAGCUGAGAGAGUAGAUGCCGGGGAUAAUGCUUCAGAGAAGUCACAGGACUCAAAGCAAGGACCUGUGCCUCCCUCUUCCAAAGCUAAGAAAAAGAAAAAAUCCAGCAAAAAGAAACCAGCAGCAGAGGGAGCUGAAUGCCAGCUGAAACAACCAGCUGUUUCUGCAUCUCAGGGAGAGGCAGCCAGUCCCAAAGGGGAGGCCAAAGAGCUGGCCAAAGAGCUGUCUUCUGAACAGCAGUUGGUCAGAGAGCUGGACUGGUGUAUAGAACAGCUGGAACUGGGCUUGAGGACCCAGAAGUCCACUCCUAAACAAAUGGAGGAGGCCUCACGUGCCUUGAAAACCCUGCGUAGUAGUAAAGCCCCCCUGGUAAAGAAGCGGCAGGUGAUGAGGGCCAUGUUUGGUGACUAUAGGAAGAAGAUGGAAGAGGACAAAGCCAAGCAGGUUAAACUCAUUCAGGCAGCUGUGAAGUCAGCUCGAGUUACAGCUGUGUCAGAGCCAGCCAAGAAACCAGUUUUCCACAGGAGAGCAGAGUGCAGAACACAGCCCCAGCCAGGUUCCCAGAACCAGGGGGAGACACCUGGCUCAAGCAGUGACAGCUUUGUCUUCAUCCCAACACAGGAGGAGUUCUGCUUUAACUUCUUCUGAUCUGAUGCUAUACAGCUGUUGAAAACAACAGGAGGGUUUUUAUCAUUUGCAGCAGGAACAGUUAAUCAUGAUACAGACAGAUCAAGCUUUAAGGUUAGGUUUGAGUCAUAUAGUUUUUUUUUCUUUUCUGUUGUCAAAUGUAAGGGUAUAGGAAAUCCCUUCCUUGCAAAUGCAGAUCUGUCUGACUGCUGUGAAAGUGAUGUCAUUUUAAAAAUGGACAUAACCAGGAUCAGUUGCUGCCUGUGCAAAUGUAAAAAUACCUAUUGUCUUAUAUACCCCUGGAGACAAGACAUCAUACGUAUAAUAUACAUGAAUUAUGAAUUUCUUUGUUUUGUUUUGCUAUAUUGCCCCACAAUUAGUCUUAAGUGAGAAAAGUUACAAAGAU